GGGGAAGAAACGGCCGAUCAUAUAGAAGAAAACUCUAACGUGAGAGAGUGUCUACAGAGAGACUUUGGUUGAUCUUGGAAAUAGAAAGAGCAUUCGUCAUCCAAUGGAGGCUGGCAGAGGGUUCACAUAUUUAAAACCAAGUUUAUCCAAUCUGGGUAACCAAGGGGAAAGCAUUAAGUCUGGCAAUAAUUACCCACUGUCAAACCAAUAUGGACAGCCAAUGUCAUCCUAUAACCCUCAACAGGCUGUGCCAAUGCCGACCCUGGUCAAAACACAGCCUAAUGUAAUGGUUAUUCCUCAACCGACAUACAGGGAUUAUCUAGGCCUGUCCAUCAUGAACCUGAUCCUGUGCUGUUUCCCCGUCGGAAUCGCUGCUGUUGUAUUCUCUUGCAAGGUAAAGAGGUCUCAGUGCUUGUUUCAGGCUUGAGAUUUGUUCUGCCAAGGGAUAUGGUGGAAUUGCACCAAUGUGGCUUAAUAGUUGUGGUUCAGUCUUGGAAUGACAAUCAGACAACCCUGGAAAAUGCUUACACCCACUCCAACAUACCCAACUCCAAUAUACCCAACUCAACUCCAACAUACUCACAUUCAGCACACUCACCUGCAACAUACCUUCAACACACCCACAUCAAAUAUACCCAUCUCCAACAUGCACACCUUCAACAUACCCAACUCAAUUCCAACACACUCACCUUCAACACACCCACCUUUAACAUACCCAACUCGACUCCAACAUACCGACCUCCAAAAUACUCACCUUCAGCACACUCACCUCCAACAUACUCACCUUCAACACACUCACUUUCAACAUACCCACCUUCAACAUAUCCAACGCAACUCCAAAAUACUCACUUCCAACAUACUCACCUUCAACACAUUCACCUCCAACAUACCCAACUUCAACAACCUCAACUCCAACAUACCCACCUCCAGCUUACUCACCUCCAACAUACUCACCUUCAACACACUCACCUCCAACAUACCCACCUUCAACACACUCUUAAAGUCCUCCUUGCCCGGUCCGUGAGUUUUGAUGGGCGGCCGUCUCUUGGUAGGUUUGCUUUUGUGCCAUGUUCUUUCCAUUUGGUUAUGAUAGAUUUAAUGGUGCUCCUGGGGAUCAUCAAAGAUUUGGAUAUUUUUUUAUAACCUAACACACUCAAUACCAACAUACUCGCCUCCAGCACACUCACCUCUAACAUACUCACCUUCAACAUACUCAACUCCAACAUACCCACCUCCAGCACACUCACCUCCAACAUACUCACCUUCAACACACUCACCUCCAACAUACCCAUCUCAACUCCAACAUACCCACCUCCAGCACACUCAUCUCCAACAUACCUAACUCACCUUCAACAUACCAACAUCUAGCACACUUACCUCCAACAUACCCACAUUCACGAUAGUAACCUCCAACAUAUGAACCUCAAGUCAAACACGCUCUCCUGAAGCACACGCAUCUCCAACAUUCUCUUGUUCAGCCCAUUAACCUCCAGUAUACCCACCUCAACUCAAAUGCACCCUGCUCCAGCACUCUCACCUUCAACAUACCCACCUCCAGCAUACUCAAGUUCGUCACACUCACCUCCAACAUACCCACCCUAUCAACCUCCAGCACACUCACCCCCAACAUACCCACCAUAUCAACCUACAGCACACUCACGCCCAACAUACCCCACAUACCAACCUUCAGCACACUCACCCCCAACAUACCCCACAUACCAACCUUCAGCACACUCACCCCCAACAUACCCCACAUACCAACCUUCAGCACACUCACCCCCAACAUACCCCACAUACCAACCUUCAGCACACUCACCCCCAACAUAACCACCUCCAAUAUACCUAACUCAACUCCAUCACACCCACCUCCAGCACACUCUCCUCCAACAUUCUAACCUAUAAUAUACCCAACUCAACUCCAACACACCUACUUCCAGCACACUCACCCCCAACAUACCCAAGCCCAGGACACCCAAUUCAAUUCCACGUUGGAUGGGUUGUGUUUGGUGGGGGCAUGGGAAUACAUAAGUGGUGGCAUGGACAGAGACUCAAAGGGUAUGAGGGGACAGAGAGAGGGCAAAGGGGAGGUGAAGUGGGAAUAGACACGAGCUGGGUAUUGUCACACACAGGACUAUUUAUUUUUGUUUGUGGAAAAAUGAUCAUCAGCUCUUAAGGCAUCUGAUUCUCUGAUUUUAAAGUGGCUGCUGUGCUUUGCAAUGUGGGGUCUGUUUUAUGUCCUAUUCUGACCCUGUAGUACUAGUGGCAGCUAGAGACAGACUACAUGUACAACAUAAAAUCUGAUGUAUAUAACUGUGUCCACGUUCCUGAUGUAUAUCACUGUGUGUAUCACUGUGUGUAUCACUGUGUCCACGUGCCUGAUGUAUAUCACUGUGUGUAUCACUGUGUCCACGUGCCUGAUGUAUAUUAUUGUGUAUAUCACUGUGUAUCACUUUAUCCACAUGCCUGAUGUAUAUUAUUGUGUUCACUGUGUAUAUCACUGUGUCUACGUGCCUGAUGUGUAUCACUGUGUCCACGUACCUGAUGUAUAUCAUUGUGGAUAUCACUGUGUCCACGUGCCUGAUGUGUAUCACUGUGUAUAUCACUGUGUCUACGUACCUGAUGUGUUUCAUUGUGUAUAUCACUGUGUCCACGUGCCUGAUGUAUAUCAUUGUGUAUAUCCCUGUGUCCACAUGCCUUUUGUAUAUCAUUGUGGAUAUCACUGUGUCCACGUGCCUGAUGUGUAUCACUGUGUAUUUCACUGUGUCCAUGUGCCUGAUGUAUAUCACUGUGUAUAUCACUGUGUCCACGUGCCUGAUGUGUAUCACUGUGUCCACGUGCCUGAUGUAUAUCACUGUGUAUUUCACUGUGUCCACAUGCCUGAUGUAUAUCAUUGUGUAUAUCACUGUGUCCACGUACCUGAUGUAUAUCAUUGUGUAUAUCACUGUGUCCACGUGCCUGAUGUAUAUCAUUGUGUCCAUGUGCCUGAUGUGUAUCACUGUGUAUAUCACUGUGUCCACGUGCCUGAUGAUAUCACUGUGUCCACGUGCCUGAUGUGUAUCACUGUGUAUAUCACUGUGUCCACGUGCCUGAUGAAUAUCAUUGUGUCCAUGUGCCUGAUGUGUAUCACUGUGUAUAUCACUGUGUCCACGUGCCUGAUGCAUAUCACUGUGUCCACGUGCCUGAUGAAUAUCAUUGUGUCCAUGUGCCUGAUGUGUAUCACUGUGUAUAUCACUGUGUCCACGUGCCUGAUGCAUAUCACUGUGUCCACGUGCCUGAUGUGUAUCACUGUGUAUAUCACUGUGUCCAUGUGCGUGAUGUCCUGUGUACCUAGGUGUCCCUAGGUGAUGAUGGAAUGUGUAACAUAGAAACAUAGAAACAUAGAAUGUGACGGCAGAUAAGAACCACUCGGCCCAUCUAGUCUGCCCAAUUUUCUAAAAACUUUCAUUAGUCCCUAGCCUUAUCUUAUAGUUAGGAUAGCCUUAUGCCUAUCCCAUGCAUGCUUAAACUCCUUUACUGUGUUAACCCCUACCACUUCAGCUGGAAGGCUAUUCCAUGCAUCCACUACCCUCUCAGUAAAGUAAUACUUCCUGAUAUUAUUUUUAAACCUUUGUCCCUCUAAUUUAAGACUAUGUCCUCUUGUUGUGGUAGUUUUUCUUCUUUUAAAUAUAGUCUCCUCCUUUACUGUGUUGAUUCCCUUUAUAUAUUUAAAUGUUUCUAUCAUAUCCCCCCUGUCUCGUCUUUCCUCCAAGCUAUACAUGUUAAGAUCCUUUAACCUUUCCUGGUAAGUUUUAUCCCGCAAUCCAUGAACCAGUUUAGUAGCCCUUCUCUGAACCCCCUCUAAGGUAUCAAUAUCCUUCUGAAGAUACGGUCUCCAAUACUGUGUACAAUACUCCAAGUGAGGUCUCACCAGUGUUCUGUAUAAUGGCAUGAGCACUUCCCUCUUUCUACUGCUAAUACCUCUCCCUAUAGUACUUACUGUAUGAUGCCCUCACACAGUCAGUGUUUGCUAUAUGUCCUGUAGUCAUUUCUGGAAGCUCCAUUUCCAUUAAUGACAUUGUGUGCGCAAUAUGAUGGUGUUUUGUACCAUUAAACAUAAUGAUGUCAGUAACUCAUGUCAUUUCAUUUCCUCUCAGACGCGGGACUCAUUGAGACGCGGAGACAUGAUUUCAGCGGCGAGCGAUUCACGUACUGCGUUUUCACUGAACAUGGUGGCUCUGGGAUUGGGAAUCGCUGCGAACAUUGUUUGGGUUGCCUACGUGAUUUACGUGUUACUAAUAAUCUUCAUUUAUUCUUCCUCGUCCCAUCACGAUAAUGUCCACAACAUCUACAAUGGAUCCAGUGAAUUCAAUGGAUUCAAUCAGCUCAAUGGAUUCACUGAAAUAAAUGGCUAUUAACAUACAAAUCGAAGGGAAUCUGUUCUACUUUCUAUUAUUAUUUACAAUAAAAGAUUACGUGUAUAAUAGCCCGUAAUGUAAACAUGUCAG